AUUUUGUAUAUGUAUCUCGGAAAGAGAAAAGAUUGGACCCUCUUUUGUUUUUCUGUUCAGCCAUAAAAAAGCCUUUGACGAGAAAGCUUCCAUUCUACUUUCUCUCUCUCCUCUUUGUUCUCAAACACCAAAAGCAAAACAUCACAAAAGAAAAGAGACUAAUCAAGAAGAGAUAUCAUCAAUUGAAGCUGUUUUCUUGAGUAGAGAUGGCGAACCAUAGAAUGAGCGAAGCUACAAACCAUAACCACAAUCAUCAUCUUCCUUAUUCACUUAUUCAUGGUCUCAACAACAAUCAUCCAUCUUCUGGUUUCAUUAACCAAGAUGGAUCGUCCAGUUUCGAUUUUGGAGAGCUAGAAGAAGCAAUUGUUCUGCAAGGUGUCAAGUAUAGGAACGAGGAAGCCAAGCCACCUUUAUUAGGAGGAGGAGGAGGAGCUACGACUCUGGAGAUGUUCCCUUCGUGGCCAAUCAGAACUCACCAAACUCUUCCUACUGUACCCUUUCUUCUUCUUUGACCCUUUCCUCUUGUUUUUUUCUCCUUUUUCGGCAUUCCUAUUUAAACUUAAAACUUAUAUUUUCAUUUUACCCUCACUUUUAUAUACAUGUUUCAGCUUUCUUGUUCCUCUUACUAUCUCUUAUUUUUGCUUCUUUCAACUCAAAAGCUGAUAGCGAUUUUAGAGUAGUUAAUUACUCCAUUCCUUUCUCUUGACUUUAUUUUAUAUUACAUAAACUUAUAGUACCCCGUUUGUCAAAUUAUAUACGCUAAGGUCAAUUCCUCCUUAGUUACAUUGAUUAUCCCUUUUCUGACUUUUUAUUAAUUAUCUUAUACGUUAAUGAUGAUGAGUAUGAUUAUGUUGAAUAUGUAUUGCAGGAGAGUUCCAAGUCAGGAGGAGAGAGCAGCGAUUCAGGAUCGGCUAAUUUCUCCGGCAAAGCUGAAAGUCAACAACCGGAGUCUCCUAUGAGUAGCAAACAUCAUCUCAUGCUUCAACCUCAUCAUAAUAACAUGGCAAACUCAAGUUCAACAUCUGGACUUCCUUCCACUUCUCGAACUUUAGCUCCUCCUAAACCUUCGGAAGAUAAGAGGAAGGCUACAACUUCAGGCAAACAGCUUGAUGCUAAGACGUUGAGACGUUUGGCCCAAAAUAGAGAAGCUGCUCGCAAAAGCCGUCUUAGGAAAAAGGCGUAUGUGCAACAGCUAGAAUCAAGUAGGAUAAAGCUUUCCCAAUUGGAGCAAGAACUUCAGCGAGCUCGUUCUCAGGGGCUGUUCAUGGGUGGUUGUGGACCACCAGGACCUAACAUCACUUCCGGAGCUGCAAUAUUUGACAUGGAAUAUGGGAGAUGGCUAGAGGAUGAUAACCGGCAUAUGUCGGAGAUUCGAACCGGUCUUCAGGCUCAUUUAUCUGACAAUGAUUUAAGGUUGAUCGUUGACGGUUACAUUGCUCAUUUUGAUGAGAUAUUCCGAUUAAAAGCCGUGGCAGCGAAAGCCGAUGUUUUUCACCUCAUCAUUGGGACAUGGAUGUCCCCAGCCGAACGUUGUUUUAUUUGGAUGGCUGGUUUCCGUCCAUCCGACCUAAUCAAGAUAUUGGUGUCGCAAAUGGAUCUAUUGACGGAGCAACAACUGAUGGGAAUAUAUAGCCUACAACACUCGUCGCAACAAGCAGAGGAGGCUCUCUCGCAAGGCCUCGAACAACUUCAGCAAUCUCUCAUCGAUACUCUCGCCGCAUCUCCAGUCAUUGACGGAAUGCAACAAAUGGCUGUCGCUCUCGGAAAGAUCUCUAAUCUCGAAGGCUUUAUCCGCCAGGCUGAUAACUUGAGGCAGCAGACCGUUCACCAGCUGAGGCGGAUCUUGACCGUCCGACAAGCUGCACGGUGUUUCCUAGUCAUCGGAGAGUACUAUGGACGGCUCAGAGCUCUUAGCUCCCUUUGGUUGUCACGCCCACGAGAGACACUGAUGAGUGAUGAAACCUCUUGUCAAACGACGACGGAUUUGCAGAUUGUUCAGUCAUCUCGGAACCACUUCUCCAAUUUCUGAAUGGAAUGAAACUUUGUAUAACUAAAAGGCCAAGUUUCAUUGUCUGUCGUAAUUUCACCUAUUUCCUUUAAAGUUGUACUAGAGAAAAGAUAGGAUCUUCCUUCGACAUUCUUCUUUUAAUUAUAGUUUUAUGCUACUAUGAAAUUAACGUACCACGAAAAAAAUGAAUGUUGAAUCUCUUCGACAGUACAAGAGGAUGACUGAAAUUUAAUUUCACGAAUGCUUUGGAGAGGAUGACUGAAAUUUAAUUUCA